GCUUGCGCUGAGAGAAGACGUCUAUACGUGAUUUGCAUUUGACGCUCGUAAAGUUUCUCGCGAAACAUCGCUACGCAAUAAUCGAUGCGUUGAAGUUUCUUGUGUUAGAUUUGUGUAUUUUUGUGGUGUUUGUGUGUGAAAAAUUAUCAUCGAAGAUUAUUUCAUAUCGCGGCAUCAACAUUACUGACGUUACUGCGCGACGAACAAUGUGAAAUAUGACCGGACAAACCCCCACACGCACAUGAUUUCAAUAAACAACUUCACACAAACACAAAAUGCGUACGACAUUCCACUCACAUACAAAAAUGACACACACAACGACACUGUCCAAUCAGACUUCGAUUACGAGAACGUUACGUUCGAAUAUUCAAAUUCGACCGUUGCGAAUUUCACCGAGUACCCGGAGAUUCCGUAUUACAUAAAAGCGACGUCAAUGACAUUUUGUAUUGUGAUAAUGUGUUUAGGUGUGAUUGGGAAUGUGAUGGUGCCGAUAGUUAUAUUAAAAACGAAGGAUAUGAGGAAUUCUACAAAUAUUUUUCUGGUGAACUUGAGUAUAGCUGAUCUGAUGGUGUUGUUAGUGUGCACUCCCACUGUUCUUGUGGAAGUCAAUUCGAAGCCGGAGACCUGGGUGUUGGGUAAAGAGUUAUGUCUUGCAGUACCGUUCGUGGAGCUCACCGUCACCCACGCUUCAGUCCUCACCAUCCUCGCCAUCAGCUUCGAGCGGUACUACGCCAUCUGUGAGCCUCUGAGAGCUGGCUACGUCUGCACCAAGACCAGGGCGACCUUGAUAUGUGCUCUGGUUUGGUUUUUCGCUGCCCUUUUCACCAGCCCCAUUCUUGCCGUCGCGACGUUCACCUACGAAGACUACGGCGACACCAAAAUACCCGUCUGUCUGACCCAAGCCGACACCUUCUGGUCGGCUCUGUUCUUCAUCCUCACUAUUGCUGUCUUCUUCAUUGUGCCGCUUGGCGUCCUGCUCGUCCUCUACAGCGUCAUUGCCAAAAACCUAAUGGAGAAUCCCGCCAUCAUAGCCCAAAACACCAAAAACACAAAUAACAGUGGCAACGUCAUCCGCUAUAGAAAACAAGUCAUUUUGAUGCUCGGCACUGUUGUUCUAUCAUUCUUCGUAUGUCUAUUACCGUUCAAAGCGUUAACUUUAUGGAUCAUUGUAUUCCCGCCAGAGACAAUAAUGUCGUUAGGUCUAGAUGGUUAUUAUAUACUUUUGUAUUUUUGUAGAGUCAUGCUUUAUUUGAAUUCGGCGAUCAAUCCUAUUUUAUAUAACUUGAUGUCGUCAAAAUUUAGAGAGGGGUUCAUCAAAUUGUUGAAAAUUAAUAAGCUGAUGAGAUGUGGCAGGAAUUUGAGGGUUAAUAUGCAAAGGAGGGACACGUUUAAUACAACGACAUCUACCGGCUUUUCAAGCAGUCAACAAAACUCUGAUUCUUUUUGGAGACGUUACAGCAACAGAGCCUCGUCUCAAAAGAACAUUGUUAUUCGCGAUAGUAAAAAACUUAAAGAUGUAGCCAAUAUACAGCCAAUGAAAGUAAGUGAGAUCAUAAGCGUAGAAAAUACAAGAAGAAAUAGCAUGAAAAUCAUUGCUGCAAUGAAUGAACUUAACGAUAACGACAAUUUAGAUGUAGAAAUUCAUCCAACAGAUGAUGUAUCUAAUACCACUGCCACAGAGAACAAUAAGCAACUGCAAAUAUUAAAUUUAGAUGUAAAAACUAAUAAUGUUUAUUCUAUAACGUUGGAUGUUAGUGAGAAUGAAGGGAGAAACAAAUUUGUCUGUGUACCAAAUCAAGAUAAGGAGAAAAUUUUUGUAUACGACUUCAGCAGUAAGGAAAGUUUUGUGUAAUGAACUGAAAUUUUAAUAUAAACUUAUUUAUAUAUAUAUAUAUUAAUAAAUAUAGAAGUUAUGUGAAACAUAAUGUUAUCGUAAGUUUGAAUUUUGAAUAAUGUUGAAUUUUCAUUUGAUAAUGAUCUAUACAAAAUACUGCCAAUAUUAAUUUUAGAUACGAUUCUGAAGAUAACAAUUGAAAUACAAUAAAAAAAACUUAGCUAUCGCAUUUAAAGUAUUUAAGUUCUAAUUUAUGAGAUGGGAAAAAAGUCGAUUCAAAUGUUUGCACUGCACUGUUUUUUGUAACUGAAUAAAUCAAGGCGCCAUGAAUCCGCACAUUAGUGACAACAUUAAAUUGCUUUUAUUUCGUCGAAAAAAAAAAUCAAUAGAUUACAUAUGCCACAUUAGAUAAAGAAUUUCAUUACGAAGACUUUAAGGUGAAUUGCACAAUCACAAUGCACAACGUCAAAUAGUAUAGUUGAUGUUAAGCGGUGCGCCGCUGACAUUUAGACAAAAUGGCGACAAAGUGGCCUUUGCGUUUUUCUGCGCACGUUAAAGUUAACGUCAAAGUUGAUGGUGCAACAAACCCUUAUAGUUUUCUAAUAAUACAAUGUAGUCACAAUUGACUAAAAGGAUUUUGGUGGUGAAAAUUCUUUUUUAGAGUAACAUAAUCACGUGGGUACAAAGCGCCUUAAGAGCCAAAUUGCUUUAAAAUCUUUAAAAAAAUAUCGAAUAAAGGCCAGUGUAGAACAAAUGUGUAAUACGUCUUUAAUAACUAAUUUGUUAAACUUUCUAUCAACUGUCUGUUUUACUUAACUAUUAACUGUGGAAGCAUUUAUUUUGUAUAAUUUAUUAAUUUAUAUAAAAUAACGUAUUAAAUAAGAAUAUUGUU